GCAGACAUUCCAGUGGAGGUCAAGCAUGAACUGUCAGUGCUCAGUGUCACCCAAUCAGAACACAGCAAAUUCACUUCCUUUCACUCCACUGCCCAUGUCAGGUAACCUUGACAUGCAAAUGAGAUGUGACAGAACCAAUGCAAAUGCAUUGACACUGAGACCUCUGAACCCUGACCUUCUGUAUUAUAUAUAAACCCACCAAACAACUCCUUCUAACCCUCAUUCAUUCCUUGCUGUCCAGUUUAAGCCAGUUCCCCUUGUCACUUUUUUGCUGCUGAUUUUUUUUUAAAAGAGGACAACAACUGCAAGGGAAAGAUGGAUCCACAAAGCACUGGACAAGUCUCUUCUAAAGACAGGAAUUCAGAGCAUACAGAAGCAAGCACUGCAGUAAGUGAGAAUUACUCUGACAAUUCCAGUGUGUACUCCGACACUGUGGCCCAGACUUACAGAUCCCCUGCUGGUCUAUGGCCCUACUCUCCCAUACCUACAUGUUCAGAUGGCUACCUCCCCCACACCACAGUCAAGUCAGAAUACUCAAGCUAUAAUAAUUCUCCAAUGUGUCACAAGGCAGCAGUAAGUGAGAUGUACCAAUACAGUAGUGCACCUUACCAUGACUAUGCAAACAUUUAUCAAAGUCAGCUUACAGAGUGGCAGCAGAUGCAUCAGUGGUAUUAUACCUCCAACUGCUACGGCAACGAUCGCCCGAUAAAAUAUCCCGAUAUACCGAUAACUCCACUCCCUGUUGAUUCCACUAACGGCGCUUCGUAUAAUGCUCAGUCAGCAGACAUAGCUAGAUGCUCUACUCCCGACCUCAUAACAGCACUGGCUUCCAUUUCGUCCGAUUCCAGUGCAAAAUUUUCAGAGCCCAGCGUUAAAUAUUCCGACUCAAAUGGAAAAUUCUCCAGGUGUAUAAGUCCACUUCUCUCCGAAGCUAACCAAGUGUUGUCCAAUGAUUCUCCCAAAUCUGAAAUUUCUCCAAAUGUGUCCGUAAUCUCAGAACAAGGAAAUCAUUCAAUGUAUCUCCAAGUGGCAAAUCGUGUGCAGGAUAGUGGAUAUAAUUCUGAUUUGUGCAUGUCACCUGUGUAUCCGAUGGAUUCAAAGCUGAAUUCCCCAUCUUUGGAUUUAAGAAUAGAGAUUUCCGACGAUGAAGACAAAGAAAACGAGGAACCAGAUGAGGAAACAGUGAAUUUAUCCCAGUUUGUUGAUAUUUACAACUUGACCAAACCUUACAUGCCUAAACCAAACCUAGCGGAUUUCCUUAAGGAGUCUUCUCAGGCAUCUCAGGAUAACAUCUCCUCUCCGAAUUCCAACCUCGUGCAAUCAACAGACAUCACUUCAAGUCUCCCCUCUCCCAUUGAACAAAAAGUGCACCCAAAAGCGAUUCUCUGCCACAAGAUGCCUCAGCAACCCCAGAGACCCAACAUCAAAAAGUGCGAGGCAGCCAAACGAAAAAUCACAGAUGCCGAAAUUCAGGCAGUGAUGCAAAGAGAGAGCAAACGACAGCGUCACAAUCAGCCGCUAAAUCUCAAAGCUGUUCGCAUCAUGACGGAAUGGUACGACAGGCAUGAAGAAAAUCCGUAUCCGUCCAAAUCGGAAAAAGAAAUCAUGGCCAAGGAGGGCGGAAUUUCCGUAACUCAAGUGAAAUCCUGGUUUGCCAACAAGCGUAACAGGAGCAACAACACUAAACCGAAAGUGCAGAAGCGUCAGAUGACGGAGAGACUGUUGGACAUUUGUCAUCAGCUGGCCCGCAGUGCCAAGCAACCAACACUGAACAACGCUGACAUCAUACAACAGCUGUCAACGAUAAUCACCAGCCCCCCUCCCCCGGGCGAGUAAGUGUCUCCUAGCCCGAUAUGCGUUAAAUGAGAUAUUUUAAUCUUUCAAAGUGCUUUACAAUGCAAAUGUACUAAAUUGUGCUAUUGGGUGUUGGUUAAUUAUGUAUAUUUCUGUCCUCUUAUUUAUUACUAUGCAAGGAAAUUUGCUCUAUAUUGUGUAAAUACUUGAUAGAUCCCAGUUUUUUCUAAGAAGAUUCUUCAUAAUAAAUUUCCUAACUGUAGAUGGUUAUAGUUGGCAGUAAUUUUUUUUAAAAAUAUACCUUUAAGUUUGUAAGAAGACUACAGAAAAUGUGCAAUAUUUAUUUCUGGGCAAUUGAUCUGUGUUUGAUCUUUUCUCAAGAGAAUCAGUUCAUUUUUACCCCAUAUAUACAUAUGUUUAUCUAAUUUGCAUGCUUUUUUGUUGAUUUAUUGAUAGUUGAUAAAAUAACAAAAAAAAAUUCAAAAACCCAAAAAAUAUUUUACCUAUUCUAGUCUCUUAUCUGAAAAGGGGGAGUUUUUUUUCUAACGUGGAAUGUUUGGAGGAAUGGGCUGGUCACAGAAAUUAUCUCCCCUAAAAACAAAUCUUUUAAAUCAUUGAACAAACAGUAUUUUAGAAAUAUAUCGUGAACUUUGAUUUAUAAUCUCACACAUUAUGUGAUAUGAUAAGAUAGACUUGUUAGUGAAUAUUUUUUGUGCUGUAGAAUUUAUUAAAUUUUUUUUUUUUUGCUUGCACUGUGACUAGCAUGUUCAUUUUAUUCAGCAUUGUUUUACCAUUGUUGUAUUACAAAGGGCAUGGACAUGUUUUAGUUUUUUUUUUUUUAAAUGUAUGUUCCAGUACUUGUGUAUUUUCUAUAACGCUAGCUGUGAUGAUAAGUUAUUGGACUGUGGCCAGUCACGGAAGAGAGGUUUUGACCUCCCCACUAAUCAUUAUUCAUUGACCUCUUUUAAGUAAUCACACUGACCUUUGACCUUAAUUUUUGUAGGAGUUUUACUCUUGCAAAAUUUUGCGAUAAAUUUUGUUUUCUUUCGUUUUUUCAUUGAAUUUUGUGGGGAGGUCAGGAUGAGAGACUUGUAUCUGUGAUAUUAAUUUACAUAAUUUAUUUAUUGAAAGGGGAGAUAAGUUGUAGCAAUAAUUUCUGUCUUUCCAUACUGUGAUUUAUCUGUGAUAAUUGUAAAGAAAAACUGUCUUUUUUUAUUUUUUUCGUUGGCAUUUUGGGCCUUAUUGUUAUCACUUAUUUAUUUUUUUGCCUGUAUACAUGUGUUCCGAUAUCAGAUUAAUUUGUCGUGAAUUCAAAACAUUGAAUGCAAGAGGAUGUGUAUCCAAUCUACACAUGGACUAGCUACCUCAAUCCCAUGUUAUAUAUAUAUAAUGUACGCCUGAAUUGGAUUGAGCAAGUGUAGCAUUUUGUAGCAUGUUUUUAUGCGCGAUAUUACUGCUACAGACUUGUGAAAAUUUGAUUGAUUUUCUUUCGUAUGUGUGAUUGUUUUCGGCAUACUUUAUUUGCAUGAAAUCAUGUGAUAUAUAUAUGUACAGUGGUUCCGUCCCAUAGAGUACUUUGUUGUUAUUGUGUGAAUUUUUGUAUAUAUGUACAUGAAAUAUUUAUUAUCCCCACUGUGCAACAAGAAAUGCUACAUAAGCUAUAAUAUUGUUCACAAUAUGAAAAUAACUACACAUAUCUUGCCAAUGUUUUUACGUGCAAUAAAAUGAAAAUGUUCA